UUAAUUCCGAGAUGAACUCAAAAUAUUUCAUUGAUGCAAAGGGCUGUGAUAUAAGAACACUUUAGUUGGAUCAAAAUAGAAUUAAAAAGCAAUUAAAAUACCUUGGACGAAAAUAUUUGCUUAAAAAAUAGUUUUUGCUGAAAUGAACGAUUAUAACUGCUUAUGUAAGCUGUUAAUUAGCCUACUGGUAACCCAAGAUCAGCAGACUCGUGUCCACGUGCAGCUGGAAGGCGGAAUGGUGUGUCCAGUUAAGACUCGUUUCACUCUAAACAGCGCGAUAUUAAAUUUGACAGGCCAAUGACUGAUGCGCUGAGCUGUCAGAUGUCUACGAACUCGUAUCAUUGAAUGCGUAACUGAACGAAUCUUUCUUAAUUUGUUUCCUUUUUGUGUCAGCGGCCGUUAUUCUUCACAAGCGAGACUCCGGGGCUGGCGGCUGACUUCUUUUCUGAAAAUCCACACAACAAACGGAUCUUAUUUAAUGUCAUUUGUCAUUUCAAUCCGAACCAUUUGCGCGUCGGAAACGUCUGUGCUCGCCUAUUCGGAACGAUGAAAAAGUUAAUCAUGUCCUCUCCUGUGUUAAGACUAUAAAAAGGCCGACGAUCAGUGACAGCUUAAAUAUAACAUUUCGUGCUAGAUGAGAAAAUACUGUACUUUCCAUUAGGUUUUUUUUUUUUUUUUAACUUAAAAGUUGCUAAAAUACGCAAUUGAGUAGCUAUAGGCGAUUUAACUCGCGGGGAUUCGGUAAAAGCAGAGGUCGCUGAUGUUUACUUUCUAAAAGGCGCUGUCGAGGUCUGGGAGGUGCUGAAAUCUACUCAAGCUCAGUUCCGCGUGAUUGGCACGCUUGACAGUGACUGACAGGCGUCGGUGGAAACCACGCAACCAAUCUGCCAAGUCCAAUAGAAAAUCAGAAGCGGGCAGCACGUCUUUCCCUCCAUUCUUGUGCUAUAAGCUCGUGCCCUCGAACUCUCGAGGCAGCCUCAGACCGUCAGAGCGACAUCUCUAUUUCUCUGCAUCGCCUAACGUUCACCAGCUGAUUCUGGGAUUGCCUUUUUGUCUGGAUUUGACUGGGGGAGACAGAGAAAAGCCACAUAAAGCACGAAGCUGUGCUUGAGGUAGAGAGGACUCCGAGGGGGAAACAGAAGCCUUCAUGUUUCAGUUGCCAAUCUUGAAUUUCAGUCCCCAGCAGGUAGCGGGGGUAUGCGAGACUUUGGAAGAGAGCGGAGACAUCGAGCGCCUCGGCCGGUUCCUGUGGUCGCUGCCCGUCGCGCCCGCUGCCUGCGAGGUGCUGAACAGAAAUGAGUCUGUGCUGCGGGCUCGGGCUAUCGUAGCCUUCCACACUGGGAAUUUCCGCGAUCUUUACCACAUUCUGGAGAACCACAAGUUCACCAAAGAGUCCCAUUCCAAACUGCAAGCACUUUGGCUGGAGUCACACUACCAGGAGGCAGAGAAGCUCCGAGGCCGCCCGCUAGGGCCAGUGGACAAAUACCGGGUACGGAAGAAGUUCCCUCUGCCUAAAACAAUUUGGGAUGGAGAACAAAAGACGCACUGCUUUAAAGAAAGGACCCGGCAUUUACUUCGAGAAUGGUACCUCCAGGAUCCUUAUCCGAAUCCAAGUAAAAAGAGAGAGCUUGCACAAGCUACGGGACUCACUCCCACUCAAGUGGGAAAUUGGUUUAAAAAUCGAAGACAAAGGGACAGAGCUGCGGCCGCUAAAAACAGGUUACAACAGCAGGUGUUGUCUAAUGGCUCGGUUCGGUCCUUAACUGGAGAGGAUGGUGCUGUGGACCGACUGGGGAACUCGUCGAGCCCUGAAGCGAGCCUGUCGAGCAAAGCCGCUGCGUCGGCAAUCUCCAUCACUUCAAGUGACAGCGAAUGUGACAUCUAACGUCGCACCACGAACCGGCCCGCGGGCUGUACGGGAAGACUAUGAGAAAAUUAACACAUACGAGGAAAUCGAGACAGACAAUCAGCAAGAUAAACAAGCACAUUAGUGCCUGCCUUAACCUAUCAAAGGCCGUGUUUUUACUGCAUUUCAUUUUAUUUAUUAUUUUUAUUAUUAUUAUUAUUAUUUUUUUGAAGGUUGUUACACCAGCCCGGAAUCUUGGGAUCCAUGGAAUGCUUUAUCGUUAAAAUGUAUGUAUCUUUUUGUGAGAGCAAAGUGGGGGCAAACGCGAAAAAAAAAAAAAAAAAAAAAAAAAAAAAAAACUCUACUUUUGUAAUCGAUUGCCUCAAGCAAAUAGGUGCCCCUAUGGAAAUGAUAUUAACACUUUUUGUUAAUUUUGAAAAGGACUUCAUGGUGAAACAUUUUACCUCCCAGGUUUUCUAAGGUGUUUACGCAUUAAAUUAUUGCUCUUAUAGAAUCUUAUUUUUAUUUGCUUUGUCAUUUCAAGUCUGGUCAUUUUCGAUGUUAAACGAUCGCGUUUUAAGAGCAUGUGCGCCGAUAGUGAUGAUUUUACUGAAUGAAGGACUUUUUAUAAUAAAACUUUGAUGCUCAAAGUAACCAGACUUAGCUAUUCUCAUCAAUUACCAGUAUUAAACUAAAUUCAUGUUUAUUUCCGAUAACUAUUUUGUUGAUAAGCUACAAAUUAUUAUUAUUAUUAUUAUUAUUAUAUAGGUCUAAAAGUUGUGUUGGAUUUUUUCAUCUCAUAUUUUAGACUGCCCGGACAUCGUAUUUUGUUAGCCUUAGUAGCAUAUAUGUGAAUGCAUUGUGUCUGCAUUCACCCUUCUUUUAGGCAGACAAACCACUUGAACUUUAGCCUCUAACUGUACUAUUCCAGGUGUAAAUGGUGCACGCACAGCCAGGAUUCGGUAGGCUAAAUGUAGGCUAUAGUGGUGUGUUUAACCUGAUAGCUUACUGCGUGUCCAGACGCGUUAACCGCACCGUGUGAUUGGCUUUGCCGUCCUGUAAUGUUUUCUGACAGGAGAAGGUCAACAAGAGGACGAAGCGCCCCGGUUUCAAAACGAGCAAGCUAGAGAGGAAAACCAUCCAAAACUUGUAAAAUGCACAACCGAAUGCUAUAAUUUACUUACUGAUUUACUUAUUUGUUUGUGCUUUAAUUGCUUACAGAAAAAAAAAAAUGUGAUCGUUUACAGCGUUUUACUAGACUUUUUUUUCUUUUUCUUUUUUUUUUUUUCAUUUUCAAGGUCUUGGCUUAUCAAAACCUCAAACCCGAAUUUAAACAUCUCAAAUAAUUUGGUUUUGUCCACUUUUUAUUUUGAUUAUUAUUAUGAUGAAUAACUAUAGGCUACUCAUCUUGUGCUUUUGCCAUUGUUUAUUGCUUUCAUUUUUAUGUUUCGUUUUGUAUCACUGUUUCCUUAAAUGACACUUUUGUUAUGGGAAGGAACGACAAACUGUGUGUUUAAAGUCUGUCAAUAAUCCUUGGCUAACAAAUUGUUAUUGAAGGGAAAAAAGGCAUAGAUGUGGUAGGGGAAAGGAGAGCACGCUGUUGAGUGUGCAAAGGGACAAAAGCGGAAAGAUUAGGUGAAAAGAGUGUUUUUGACAGUCAAUAAGGUUGUCAAACUCUUCAGCGCUAAUCAGCGGUAAUGACCGGUUCUCAAACCCAACUGGAACAAUAAUGAGCUCUUCAAAGCUCUGUUGGGGUUAAGGGUGUGCUCUCUCCCCUACGUGCUCCAAGAAUACUUUUUCAGUGCAUAUUUAUUACAAUAUCGAAAAAUAUAGGCUUUAAAUAAUGUGUGUGUGUAUGUGUGAAUAGUAUGAGGAAUAUGUAUUCCUCAUAUCAUUAGCAGCCACAAAGACACCACCGACAAAAGUAGUAAUUUUUUAAAAUAAAUAUUGCUAAUUAUUUCUUUUAUUAUUUUUUUUAUUUAUUUAUUAAAUUUUUUACAAAAAAUAAAAUAAAAUAUUCGCUACUAGCUGGCUCCAAUAAAAUUUUCAUUUUCUAAAUAUCAGUAUUAAAAUUGAGCAGGGACUUGCAUUCACUAAAACUAAAUGAGGUCUUUGAGGCUAGUGUAUUCAGAACUCCUGGGUGUUUAACCAUUUCCAUGGGUUUUUGAGAAUAUAACACAAUACAAAUGUGUCGUGCUCAAGGCCAGAAAACAUGCAAUUGAUUGCCUAUACUAAAAUUAUGUGUGGAACAGCAAACGUAUAUUUUAUAUAAAUACCAUCACAUUAAUAACAGAACGAUUCUCGUUGCAAGUCCCCAAACAAUGGACUACCAGUUGCAAAUGGCUUAUUAAUGAGGCUGGUUGGUGUGAUGCAUCCAAGCAAGCAUCCCUAGCGUCCCAUAGUCCCAAGUAAGAUAAGUAAAAACUGGUGUAUACGAUUGUUGAAGAUCCUUCUGUUGACUAAAAGACAUAAGAUGUAUUUCACAUUGAUCUCUGCGGAUUACAUGCAAAAACACACUUAUAAACUGAUGGACUUAUAGACAGUCUGUGGGUUAUAAUAAAUAAUUAUAAUAAAUAUAAAAAAGGGUGUCAUAAUAAAUACAUAAAAUUUGCAUUAUUUGGUUUCACGGAACUGAUUCAGAUAAUAAUAAUUGGUGGUGUGUUUGUUACCGUAGUAGCCUAUGUCCUGAAGAAGGAGAAGACAAAAUUGUUCGUGAGAUGUUGGACUGAAUGUACAGUCCAGCAAUUUCUUUAUUGUAAUACUCGAUUUUGCAUUGAUUUAAAGCACAACAGACGAUGCUCUUAUGAUUUUUACAGUCAAAGUGGCUCGGUGUUUUUGUGGAAAAAUAAUUACACUCACUCUUUGCAGUUAGCCUAUUUAUAAGAAUAUGCCCUACGUUUGCCAUUUGGCGUUGAAAAUGUACAACUGUGCUGCGAAUUUGCACACAAUUAAUUAAUUUUAACAUUCUCUUUAUUGCUUUUUUGAAGAGUGCAAUAGCACAAUCCAAAUUAAAUGUAUUAAACAAUACGACAUUGCAAUAACACAUAUCUUUCCUAUUUGCAUUACAGAGUUUACAAUAGGCUAUCAAGGUAAACUCUGUAAUGCAAAAAAGGAUUUAUUUAUUUAUUUUUGAAAAGGAGCAGAUCCCUUGUGAGGGAAUGUAUGCCUGUUAUGUUAGCCUAUCUCUCAAACACGGAGACAAUACAUUGUUUGGCUUUGUUAGAGUUUAGCGCCCUCUGCUGUUAAAACUCGUUUUUAAUCUGCCCACACCAGGGCCCGGAUUCCUAAAGAAGAACAAGAAACUCUGGGUUCAAAAACAGCUAUCAGUUAGAGCAGAACCACUAUGAACACGUUUUAGUUUUUGCUUAUUUGGUUAGCCUUAAGCACAAACAGUAACAAAAUAAACAACAACAAAACAAUAAUAUAAAUAAAUAUGUGAUUUCUGUUGAAUCAGAGAUUGGAUUUAUAGUCAAAAACUUUAAAGUCUCUCCAUUUUGUCAAUGACUGUGCGGUUUAAAUGUUUAAUAUGUUCUGGAGUGACCACACAUUGUUAUAUCCACGUUUUUCCCAGUUGUCGGAUAACUGGAUGGAUUAGCCUAUUGGAUUUUUAAAUAAAUGUAAAAUUUUAGGGCAGUGAUUAAUUUUAAUGUUGUCAGCAUCUUUACCACUGCAGAUUGCUGCCCAAAACUGUCAUUGGUCAGCGCGAGUGCAUGGAUUUCAACAAGGUCGCGACUCGCAGUAUAAGUUGAGACAACAAGGUAGGCUAUUUUAUUUGUACUCUUUAUGUUCUGUAUUUUAAUUUGUUGUUUUAUUUAAAUUCACAGAGUAUUUCAAAAACUGCUGAUCUACUGGGAUUUU